CAUUGCGCUCCAGUUCGCGAAUCUUCUUGACUAAGACACCACCUUACAAACUGUUUGCCUGCGGCUUUGUCCUUUCUAAUCAGCGUUUUCAACCCUCUCAUUCUGUCACUCAUUCCAUCUCACCAACCUCUCCUCUACGCACAGUGUCCUCAUCUGAAGCGGCUGUUGCUCUUCGGAUCACAUCUUCCGCAGUUCAGGUCUUGCUUGACGCAAGGCCACUGUCACAAUUUCUCCUCACGCCGAUAUCCCAGACUCUAUAAAGGCCGGUAGCAAGAGAAAGGCUUCCACCGAGAACCUCUCCCGGCCAGAAAAGAAAAUCAUGACAGACUCUGUGAUGGAAGUCGACAACCCUGGGGCUGCUAUUCAACAGCUCCAGACGGGCGAGAUCGAUGAAUCACUCUACAGCAGACAACUCUACGUCCUGGGCCACGAGGCUAUGAAGCGUAUGGGAUCCUCCAAUGUUCUCAUAGUCGGUUUGAAAGGACUGGGUGUUGAAAUUGCCAAAAACAUCGCACUUGCUGGCGUCAAGUCUCUUACCCUCUUCGAUCCCAACCCCGUAGCCAUUGCCGACCUGUCCUCCCAAUUCUUCCUGCGCGCCGAAGACGUUGGCAAGCCUCGAGCAGAAGUAACCGCCCCGCGAGUGGCUGAACUGAAUUCCUACACUCCUGUCUCCAUCCAUAAAUCACAAUCUUUGACCGAUGAUCUCGAUCAACUCAAGAAAUACCAAGCCAUCGUGCUGACGGCCACGGCCUUGAAAGAUCAACUCACCAUCGCCGACUUCUGUCACGAGAAUGGCAUCUACCUCACAGUUGCGGAUACUUUUGGUCUAUUUGGCUACAUCUUCAACGACUUCGGGAAGGAUUUCACGGUGGGCGAUGUGACUGGAGAGAAUCCAAUUAGUGGCAUUAUUGCAGACAUCGACGAGACAGGAUUGGUGUCUGCUCUAGACGAAACACGUCAUGGUCUGGAGGAUGGUGACUACGUUGAGUUUGCUGAGCUCAGAGGUCUGGAAGCGCUCAACGGUGCUCCGCCUCGAAAGAUCACGGUCAAGGGACCAUACUCGUUUUCAAUUGGAGACAUCUCUGAUUUGGGCAAGUAUGAAGGAGGAGGACUGUUCGCGCAGGUCAAGAUGCCCAAGGUGCUUCAGUUCAAAAAACUUUCCGAACAAAUCAAGAAGCCCGAAUUCUUGAUGUCCGACUUUGCAAAGUUCGACCGUCCAGCGCAGCUCCAUGUUGGCAUUCGGGCCCUCCAUGCAUUUGCUGAGAAUCACAAUGGUACAUUCCCGAGGCCACACAACGAUGAAGAUGCAAAAGAGGUGCUGGAGGUUGCCAAGAAACUGGCCCAGGAAAGCGGCGAGGAGAUCGAAAUUAGCGACAAGCUGAUUACAGAAUUGAGUUAUCAAGCUCAGGGUGACAUUAGUCCCAUGGCAGCCUUCUUUGGUGGCCUCACGGCACAGGAAGUCUUAAAGGCUGUGUCCGGAAAAUUCACACCUGUGAAGCAAUGGCUCUAUUUUGAUUCUCUCGAAUCUUUGCCAACCUCAGUGGCUCGAAGUGAAGAGCUCUGCAAACCCACGGGGUCACGAUACGAUGGCCAAAUCGCAGUGUUUGGCAGGGAAUACCAAGAAAAGAUCUCCAACGUCAGAAACUUCCUGGUUGGCGCUGGCGCCAUUGGGUGUGAGAUGUUGAAGAACUAUGCCAUGAUUGGUCUCGGUACUGGUCCCAAGGGACACAUUACCGUCACCGACAACGAUUCGAUCGAGAAGAGCAACCUCAACCGACAAUUCUUGUUCCGUCCCAAGGACGUUGGAAAGCAGAAGAGCGAAUGUGCAGCCGCAGCAGUCCAGGCCAUGAAUCCUGACCUCAAGGGCAAAAUCACGCCUAUGACGGACAGAAUUGGACCGGACAGCGAGGACAUUUUCAAUGAGCGAUUCUGGCAUGAGCUCGACAUCGUCACCAAUGCGUUGGACAAUGUGGAAGCUCGUACGUACGUUGAUCGGCGAUGCGUCUUCUUCAUGAAGCCACUACUCGAAAGCGGCACUCUGGGAACCAAAGGCAAUACUCAAGUCAUCCUGCCGCGUCUGACCGAAUCAUACUCUAGCUCUCAAGAUCCCCCAGAACAAUCCUUCCCGAUGUGCACACUUCGAAGCUUCCCCAAUAAGAUUGAGCAUACCAUCGCUUGGGCCCGAGACCUGUUCCAGUCAUACUUUGUGGGACCACCGGAAACCGUCAACCUGUACAUAACACAGCCAGAUUACAUCGACACUACUUUGAAGCAGCAAGGCAACGAGAAGAUGAUCUUGGAAAGCCUGAGAGACUACUUGGUCAGCGAGAAGCCAAGCGACUUCAAUGACUGCAUUGCCUGGGCGCGGAUGAAAUUCGAGAAGGAAUAUCACAAUGCCAUCGCGCAGUUGUUGUACAACUUUCCGAAGGACACCAAGACAUCGACGGGAGCCGAUUUCUGGUCGGGACCGAAACGCGCUCCAACUCCUCUUGAUUUCGACCCCUAUGACACGACCCAUAUGGGUUUCGUUGUCGCAGCUGCCGCUCUCCAUGCGUACAACUACGGAAUCGAAGUACCGAGACUUUCACAUGAAGACUAUGUCAAAGUCCUUGGCAGCAUGAUAAUUCCGGAAUUCAAGCCUGACGCAAACGUCAAGAUUCAGGCCGACGAGAAGGAGCCCGAUCCAAAUGCAAACCAGCCUAGCUUUGCAGAUGACGCCGAGGAACUUGACCGGAUUAUUGCUGAGCUGCCAUCUCCAGCAAUCAUCCCGACUUUCCGACUUAAUGUUGUGGAGUUCGAGAAAGAUGAUGAUACAAAUCAUCACAUCGAUUUUAUUACUGCUGCAAGCAACCUUCGAGCCAUGAAUUACAACAUUCCCGUCGCCGAUCGUCACAAGACCAAGUUCAUCGCCGGCAAGAUUAUUCCGGCCAUUGCUACAACCACGGCAUUGGUUACUGGUUUGGUGAUCCUGGAAUUGUACAAAAUCAUUGACGGGAAGACCGACCUCGAACAAUACAAGAACGGCUUCGUCAACCUGGCCUUGCCAUUCUUUGGCUUCAGUGAGCCGAUAGCCAGUCCAAAAGGCACGUACAAAGGCAAGGACGGUGAAGUCACCAUCGACAAGUUAUGGGAUCGUUUCGAAGUCGACGAUGUUCCUCUCAACCAGUUCCUGGUGCAUUUUGAGUCUCUGGGACUGAGCGUGACCAUGGUUAGCUCUGGUGUCAGUCUACUGUAUGCCAGCUUCUAUCCGCCCAACAAGACCAAGGAUCGGAUGCCGCUGAAGAUGAGCCAGCUGCUCGAAACCAUCAGUAAAAAGCCGAUUCCGGGUCAUCAGAGGAACAUCAUCUUUGAGAUUACGGCCGAGGACACUACUGAGGAAGAUGUGGAAAUUCCCUAUGUCAUGGUGAAGUACAGAAAGUAGGUGGAUCAAGAUUCAAGAUGGCUCCUUAAGGCGUAUGGCAACGAUUCGCAGCUCCGACUCGAGACAUUGCAGAUGGAGGGUGACUGGACAUAUGGACAAAGGCGGGUUCCCCUGGGUCUGUAUCAAAAAUCGAUAGACGUUUUAGAACCGAAUCAAUUCAACAUGGUCCGUACCUAGGAUUUCGAGGACGGGUUCCUCU